CUCCAGCCUAGCGCCAUGGCCCCUCCCACCUGCCGGCUCCUCAGUGCUGCGCUGGUCCUGCUGCUGUUCCUGGCCACCAACCACCAGGCUACAGGGGCUGUUGUGGCCAGUGAGCUGCGCUGUCACUGCCUGAAGACCCUGCCAAGGGUUGACUUCAAGAACAUCCAGAGCUUGACUGUGACGCCCCCAGGACCCCACUGCGCCCAGACAGAAGUCAUAGCCACUCUCAAGGGCGGUCAAGAAGUUUGCCUCAACCCUGAAGCCCCCCUGGUUCAGAAAAUCGUUCAAAAGAUACUGAAAAAAGGCAAGGCUAACUGACCAGGAAAGAAGGAGCCUGGGCUGCUGUCCCUCAAGGGGAAGAACCAAAGAGAAAAGAAACCAACAGCACCCGGGAAGCCCAGAUCGUGCCUGAUGUGCCUUGCUGUCUGAGAGUUCACCUAUUUAUUUAUCUAUGUAUUUAUUUAUUUAUUUCCAUUGCCCAGAUGUUGUUAUGUUUAUUAUGAUAUCUAAAGAUAUGCAUUCGCUAAUUCACUGUGAUAUCUUAAAAGGUCAUUUUGAUAUGUUAAAGUUUAUUUUAAUAGUUUAAUGUGUUCAAUUAAAGUUAUUUAACGUAUAUAGUUGGGAGGUGAUGCAUUUUUAAAUCUAUUUAUUCAUUAGUUUCUGGGGAGAGGGUGAGUUGGG